AUGAUGUCUUUAGAUGGCGGGAGGAGGAAGACGGCGUGUGUCACCGGAGGGAGCGGCUAUAUCGCCUCGGUGCUCAUCAAGACGCUUCUCGAGAGGGGCUACGCUGUCAAGACGACCGUCAGAGACCCCGAUGACAUGGAGAAGAACUCCCACCUCAAAGACUUGCAAGCGGCUGGUCCCUUGGAGAUCAUCCGAGCCGACCUGGACGAAGAAGGUAGCUUCGACGAUGCCGUAUCCGGCUGCGACUACGCCUUCCUCGUCGCCGCUCCGAUGAAUUUGCGGUCAUCGAAUCCCGAGAGAGACCUGAUCGAGGCCGCUGUGCAAGGAACUCUGAACGUGAUGAGGUCGUGCGCGAGAUCAGGGACGGUGAAGCGCGUGAUCCUGACGUCGUCGCUGGCGGCGGUGUCCCGGAGGCCGCUGGAAGGUGGCGGCCACGUGCUGGACGAGAGCUCCUGGUCCGACGUCGAUUACCUCAGAGCCAACAAGCCACCGACUUGGGCGUACGGGGUGUCCAAGGUGCUCUUGGAGAAGGCGGCGUGCACGUUCGCGGAGGAGAACGGCAUCAGCCUCGUCACGGUGUUGCCGGUGGUCACCUUGGGCGCGGCGCCGCUCUCCAAGGCCAGAUCCAGCGUCGCCAUCGCCCUCUCCCUGUUGUCUGGGGACGAGGCGCAGCUAGAGAUCCUGAAAGGCCUGCAAUCGUUCACCGGCUCAUUGCCGAUAAGCCACGUCGACGACCUCUGCAGCGCCGAGGUGUUCCUAGCUGAGAACGAGGCCUCGUCGGGGAGGUACAUCUGCUGCAGCCACAACACCAACCUCCAGCAGCUCUCCCGUUUCCUGGCAGACAAGUACCCGCAAUACGACGUGAAACCUGAACGCUUUGAUGGAUCCUCUGAGACGCCCAGUGUAUGUCAGUCCUCUGGAAGGCUUGUCGGAGAAGGGUUCGUGUUCAAGCAUGAUGACUUGGGGGAGAUACUCGACGAUGUCGUCGAGUAUGGAAGGGCUGCGGGGAUUCUGCCUUACUGA